AUGGAUAAAAAGGAGCUAGAGCGCAGAUUAAGCCUUUCACUUGAACCAGAUUUUUUCUCUCACUCUUUAAGGCCAGUUUUUUGUGACCCGCCUAUCCUAUAUGACCGAGAAGGCAAACUCCGAGGUGCCGAUAUCAGAGAAAUUUUAUCAUUUAAAGACUCAACAAUUACGAAUCUGUGUAGCUAUUCAGCUACCGACGAAGAAUUCCGCUUGGAACAUGUAGAAAAUAACGUAAUUAUCAAGUGUGAAGGCCCAGCAGAUGGGCAGAAAUUCAAAGUGAAAUUUAUUGAGCAACCUUUUAUUGAAGAUGGAAUUAAUUAUUUAGGGAAAAUUGAAUUUCAAGGCAAAAAAGGCAGAAAAGUUAUGAUAAGAGUGCCUGGGGAAAGAACUUAUGACCCUGCUUCUCCUGAAAAUCCUAUAGUGACAGCUGAUCAGUUCAGGUUUUUAAUAUCAAUAUUAAUCGCACAAGUUAUUGCAGCAAUGAACGGCGCUGACCAAGAUUUAAUUUUAAAAAUAAUGCAGACUUCUAAGCACUGCCACAAGCUGCAUAACAGAUAUUUACUACAAAAAUACCUGACUUCGCAAGUUGUUAGCGCGUUUUAUGAGGGAGAAACUCAAGAAAGCUAUGGAGAAUUUUUAUUGAAAAGUCUAGCUGAUGGGCAGCCAAACUUGGAUCCGACAAGAGAUUUUUACCAAAUUAAUUAUUUAGAGCUAGAAGCAAAAAAAGUCGGAGGCCAUAUGAGAGGGGAAGAUGUUUUGCCAGCACAAAAUGGUUUAUUAAAAAAAUAUUUAAGAAAAUGAACCUAUAUGGCGUUAAGCUAAUAGGCUUAAGAAUUUAUAUGCCUAGGCAUAAAUAACAUCCAAAUUUUUUUAAAAUAAAUUUUUUCCCCACAAAACUACUUGAAAGAAUUAUUAAAGAGAUACGAGGACCAAUUAAGACUUGAGCAAAGUGAGCCAACCAUAGCACUAUUAAUAACAAUUUCCGGAAGAUUUGAGUUUUCAGCUUAUUUAGGAGUGAAUCAUUUAGAAAUAUACUUAAAUAAAGAAAUGCUUGCAAGAAUUAACAGCUUUCAAGGUAUAGGCAUGAAAUCAAUAAGAGACAGAAUUUCAAAACUUGAGCAAAGCUAUGAUAUUCAGUUUAAACUUGCUUUAAAAAGAAGAGGAAUAAGGCAAAGAGCUGUAGAAGAGAACCAGAAAAGUGACUGCAGCAUCUUUUAG